AUGGCCCUCCCGUCGCGCCCGAACGCCCGUGUGGGCCUCCCCGCCAACCCGCGAUCUCGCUCGCUCGCUAGGCGACCAACCGCCAGCGUAGAUGUCCGUUUCUCCAGAGAGGACAUGUCGCGCGAGUAUGUGCCCUCCCGCCCUGCUCCGACCCCUCCGCCCACAUCGCAAAUGCGACCCACUCGCUCGAUGACGGACAUACGCUCUGGCGCUCCGCGCUCGCGCUCGCUCGAUCGCAGUCGAGUCGCCCGCCCUACUGAGACUCCGCCGCCCCUCCCCGCCGCCCCGAGUGCAUGGCAGGCGCGCGAGGUCGAGGUAUCGCAGAAGGGUGGAGAUGGACCUCUUGGGUCUCUCAGGCGGUAUGUCUCCCAGAGAAAACGUACAGAUGGGACCAUUACAUCCUGGGGAUCGGCCUCAUCCGAAUCCUCCGCGUCUGGGAACUCUCUGCGUUCUUAUGCUUCUUAUGCCUCGUCCCAGACGAGCUUGGCAGAUGACGACAUGAAGACUACGAGUCCAACAAGCCAAGUUGGUACGCCUGGCUCGGUGCCAGGCAGUCCCGAGAGGUCCCCAAGCUCGCUUGGCUCUUCCCUGUGGACUCGUGUAGCAACUGCUGCGGAAAGCUUAAAAGUAAAUGUGGGCAAAGCCAUCUCUGCUACUGUGACUACUGAGAACGGCGAAAGCACUCCUGAUGGACAAGAAUCCGGUCUCUCCAAAGCUCUGAAGGCAUACCACGUCGACAAGUCCAACGGCGACGCCAAGGAGCUCCCUGACUGGCUGUUCGAAGGACGCGAUCGCGAGAUUGUCAACAGGCUGCGCGGGCCCUCCCUUGAUCAACAACCACCUACAGCGCCAUUCGCGGCCCGUGACGACGCAGCAUCUCCCAUCCCGCGCUCCGCCGCCACCUCCCCCAUCCCCGAGCGUGGGCGCAGCCGAAAUCCGGGCGCGGGCCUGCGCGAUCGCUCGCUCCCCCGCCGCGACGGCAGCGUAUCCGGCUCCCUCCAAGACUCCGUGUCGUCGGUGCACGCCACCGUCCCUUCGCGCGAUAACAUGAACCGUCUCAAAGACCUACGCCUCGCGAAGCGCAACGCGCGCGUACGCUUCGAGGGCCAUGAUGACGAGGAGCCUGUGCCCCCGCGUGCUCCGUCGCGCACCGGUUCAGCGCGACCUGUCCCGCCCAGCGCGUACAAGGACGUCCCCCUGCCCGAGGUGGCCCCGCUUCGCAUCCGACCCCGUGAACCCAGCCAGGAGAGAGGGAUCCCCGCAGUGCCUACCCCGCAGCCGAGGGGAGCCUCCCUGCAGAGGCGGCCGACUGGUCUGCCAACCCGUGCACCGAGUCGUGAGGGGCGGCGCUCUGCGGAAGAGUCUGUCCAGGGCAAUCCGACGCCCUUGGUGAGGCGGCCGACCGGUCUGCCCCUGCGCGCACCGAGCCGCGAGGGGCGCCGCAUCGGCCUCCCGGGGAGUGUCAGGCCGCAGAGGGUCUGA